GCGCGCGAAGGCUGCUGUCCAGGAAGCCUUGGGGUGAGCAUGCCCAUGGAAGGGAAGAAUAAACGGAAGAAAAAGGGAGGUGCGGUGGAAGGGGACCACCCGGACGGUGGCGUCGGCAGGAAUCUGACAGAAGACUAUGUGGUUGGACAAGUCUCCGGCAGCUUGUUCCAGGGCCAGCGGCCCAGAGACCGCGCCGCUCGGCUGGCGUCCCUCUUCAGCUCCUCGGAACCUCCGCUGCAGCCCGUGUACGUGCCGGUGCCUAAAGAGAACACCGGAAAAAGGAAACGGGAUGAGGAAGAAAGAACAUCCCGAAUUCAGAGACCACUAUUGGAAGGACUUUCAAACAACAUGAAAGCGAAGAAGAAACUUUCUGACGCAGACAAAAGGGUGGCCAGCAGGGAAAAUGCUCUAGCAAGUGCUGAUUUAGAAGAAGAAAUUCAUCAAAAACAGGAACAAAAAAAGAGUAAUUCUCAAUCUGGUAUUAAAGUAGCAGAUAAAAAAGUACUUGAUGAUGUAGAUCACACAGUUGUAAAUCAAAGGAAGAAAAUUGAAAUUAACCAAGAGGAGGAGAGAUUAAAGAAUGAGAGAACUGUGUUUGUUGGGAAUUUGCCUGUCACGUGUAACAAGAAGAAGCUGAAGUCAUUUUUCAGAGAAUAUGGACAAAUAGAAUCUGUACGAUUUCGUUCUCUGAUUCCAGCGGAGGGAACUUUGUCCAAAAAGUUGGCAGCAAUAAAACGUAAAAUUCAUCCUGAUCAGAAAAAUAUUAAUGCUUAUGUAGUGUUUAAGGACGAGCGCGCUGCUACAAAAGCAUUGAAAAGAAAUGGUGCCCUAAUCGCAGAUGGAUUUCGGAUUAGAGUUGACCUUGCAUCCGAGACUUCAUCUAGAGACAAGAGAUCAGUGUUUGUGGGGAAUCUCCCAUACAAAAUUGAAGAAUCUGCAGUUGAGCAACACUUUCUGGAUUGUGGGAGUAUUGUAGCAGUGAGGAUUGUGAGAGACCGAGUUACUGGAGUCGGCAGAGGGUUCGGCUAUGUGCUCUUUGAGAAUACAGAUGCUGUUCAUCUUGCUCUGAAAUUAAAUAAUUCUGAAUUGAUGGGAAGAAAACUCAGAGUGAUGCGCUCUGUUAAUAAAGAAAAAUUAAAAUCAAAUUCAAAUCCCGGCUUGAAGAAUGUCAGUAAACCUAAUAAGCAGGGACUUAAUUUUGCUUCAAAAAAUGUCGGACCUUCUAAAAGUUUGUUUAUUGGAGAAAAAGCUGUUCUUAUUAAGAAGAAAAAGAAAGGACAAAAGAAAAGUGGACAAGCUAAGAAACAGAAAAAACAGAAGUAACCACCUGAAGAUUAUUUUGUUCCCACUGAGUACUGGUAAUAAAUAUGUGGUAAACCCAUGAA